AUGACGGUGUUGAUUAUUCUUUUCUUGGCAUCGGCAAGCACCCCCUUCAUGAUUGCCCACAAGAAGGCAUCGCUCACCAGACUCAAAUCCGGCGCCGAACGUGUCUCCGUCUCUAUCGAUAUCUUCAACCAAGGCUUCUCGUGCGAGGCAUAUUCAACAUCUAUCUUGCCUUUGGACAUCCUUGCUGAAAGACCUCCUGAGCAGAAGCUUGAGUGGGCUAAGAGGUUGCUGGCUCAGUAUGGAAAUCAAAUAUCUGUGGUCUCAAUAGUGGUUUUGUUCAUUUACCUAAUCGCGACCCCAUCGAAAUCCAGUGCUGCAAAAGCAAGCAAGAAGCGCUAAGUGUCUACACUCCCUUAGCCAAUUAGAUGGUUGUCAUAAAUGAAUUUUGUGCAAGGUGAAACAAGUUAUUCCUUGUUCCUCGGCCUAGACUUGAUUCAA